AUGGCAAUGGACGAUUCACAUUCAUCUCUGUUCAACCUAGGUAUUCUCGACACUCUCACCCAAGACGAACUUCACGAAAUCCUCGACAGCUACGACGCCUUCUGCAACGCCACACAAUCUCUUCUCGGCGGCGCCGGCGACCUCUCAUACGGUGCUCAAUUUGUUUCCCAUGUUCACACCCUAUGCAAACACGGCCUCGAAUCACUAGUUCGCGACCACUUUCUCAGAGUAUUAGAGGAAACUUUUGAGCGAAAUGGGGCGUCGAGGUUUUGGCGGCACUUUGUUCCGUAUGCUGAUUUUGUUGAUUUGGACAAGCAUGGUGAUAUCAAUAUUGAUGAGGAUGAGAUUGAAAGUGUGUUGUAUAAUGCUUUGGAAGAAAUCUCUUUGGAGAAACAGUAUCAGGAGAAGUGUCUGUUAAUAUUGGUCCAUGCUUUGCAAUCUUUCAAGGAUCAAAUGUCAGAGGAAAAGCAUAGUUUUGAAGCAGAAAGAAAUUACCUUACCUCUAAGUAUCAAUGGAUAGUCUCUUCCGUGCUUAUGGCUACACUUCCUCGCGUUUUCCCUGUUAUAUUGCAUUGGUAUUUUAAAAGAAGGCUGGAGGAAUUAAGUACAAUCAUGGACGGAGAUUUCACUGAUGAUGUAUCUCAAAAUAAGGAUGGCAUGGAUUUAGAUGAAAAAGGAAAAAUAUGCAACGAGGAUGGUGAGAUGGAUGUUGAUGAGUGUUAUAGCAACCGUCGGUUCUCAGAAAAUAGUAGACUGGUGAAGAACAUUGGAAAAGUUGUUCUUGAUCUCAGAAGCCUUGGAUUUACUUCCAUGGCCGAAGAUGCUUAUGCUUCUGCAAUAUUUUUACUACUAAAAGCUAAAGUAUAUAAUGUAGCUGGAGAUGAUUUUAGGAGUUCUAUCUUACAAUCUAUUCAAAGCUGGAUACAGGCUGUUCCUCUCCAGUUUCUCCAUGCCCUUCUUGUCUAUCUUGGUGACUCUGUUAGUUACGAAAGUACUUCAUCAGGUCUCAAAUCACCUUUAGCGCCACAACCAUCAUCAUUUUGUCCUGGAAUUGAUACUCCCUCUGAAAGUCUUGUCAGAUGGAAGUUGCGGCUGGAAUAUUUUGCUUAUGAAACACUACAAGAUUUAAGGAUAGCCAAAUUAUUUGAGAUAAUUGUUGAUUAUCCCGAGAGCUCUCCUGCAAUUGAAGACUUGAAACUUUGUCUGGAAUACACUGGACAACAUUCAAAGCUGGUGGAGUCAUUUAUUUCUGCUUUGCGUUAUCGCCUUCUUACUGCAGGCGCAUCAACCAAUGAUAUAUUACACCAAUAUGUUUCGACUAUUAAAGCCCUAAGGACAAUAGAUCCUGCAGGUGUUUUCCUUGAGGCAGUUGGUGAACCAAUAAGGGAUUAUUUAAGAGGAAGAAGAGAUACAAUAAAAUGCAUAGUGACCAUGCUGACAGAUGGGUCGGGUGGUUCAUCAAGUGCAUCUGGAAAUCCUGGAGAUAGUCUUCUUGAAGAGUUGAAUAGAGAUGAAGAAAUUCAAGAGAAUUUUGGUAUUGACGAUGACUUCAACACUGAUGAUCGGCAAGCAUGGAUCAAUGCCACACGAUGGCAACCUGAUCCUGUGGAAGCAGAUCCGUUGAAGGGAAGCAGAAACCAAAGGAAGGUUGACAUACUUGGGAUGAUCGUUGGCAUAAUUGGUUCAAAAGAUCAAUUAGUUCAUGAAUAUCGAACUAUGCUUGCUGAGAAACUUCUAAAUAAAUCUGAUUAUGAUAUUGACUCAGAGAUACGCACUCUAGAACUCCUUAAGAUACACUUCGGAGAGAGCAGCCUACAAAAAUGUGAGAUUAUGCUGAACGAUCUUAUUGGCUCAAAGAGAGUCAAUACUAACAUUAAAGCUACCAUAAGUCAGCCAUCUCAAUCAAGUGUUGAGGUUGAAGACAAUGCAAUAUCCAUGGAUAAAAUAGCUUCGACAAUCAUAUCUUCUAAUUUCUGGCCUCCAAUACAGGAUGAGCCCAUUAACCUGCCUGAACCCGUUGACCAGCUUCUCUCUGAUUAUGCAAAGAGAUUUAGUGAAAUCAAAACACCACGUAAGCUUCAGUGGAAAAAAAGUCUUGGUACUGUCAAGCUGGAGUUGCAAUUUGAAGAUAGGGAAGUGCAAUUCACAGUAGCCCCUGUUCUUGCAUCUAUCAUUAUGAAAUUUCAAGAUCAAACAAGUUGGACCUCUAAAAAUCUCGCGGCUGCUAUUGGGAUACCCAUGGAUGUACUAAAUAAGAGAAUAUAUUUUUGGAUAAGCAAGGGGAUAAUCACAGAGUCGCCAGGGGGAGAUUCCCUUGACCAUGUAUACACCAUUAUGGAAAAUAUGGGUGAAACAAGUAAGAACGGAGGAGGCAAUGGCAUUCCUCAGGAACUUCUUGGCGGCGAUGAGGAGGAAGACGGAUCUGUGGCUUCGGUAGAAAAUCAACUUCUGAAAGAGAUGACUGUGUAUGAGAAAUUUAUCUUGGGGAUGCUCACAAACUUUGGUAACAUGGCAUUAGAUCGCAUUCACAAUACUCUCAAGAUGUUUUGCAUUGCUGAUCCACCGUAUGACAAAUCACUCCAACAACUACAAAGCUUUUUAUCUGGUCUAGUCUCUGAGGAGAAGUUAGAACUUCGGGAUGGAGUGUACUUUCUAAAGAAGUAG